GCAUAGAUGUGAAUGUGAAUGCCACCUUCAUCUAUUCGGAUAAUGUGAUUCACAGCUCAGGUGACUGUCGGAGCAGCACCUGCGAAGGCCUCGACCUACUCAGGGAAAUUUCAACUAAAGACCAGAUGGGCUGUGUCCUCAUGGGGCCGUCAUGUACAUACUCCACCUUCCAGAUGUACGUUGACACAGAAUUGAACUACCCCAUGAUCUCAGCAGGAAGUUUUGGAUUGUCUUGUGACUAUAAAGAAACCUUAACCAGACUGAUGUCUCCAGCUAGGAAACUGAUGUACUUCUUGGUUAACUUUUGGAAGGCCAAUGAUCUGCCAUUCAAAACUUUUUCCUGGAACAGUGCAUAUGUUUACAAGGAUGGUACUGAGUCUGAGGACUGUUUCUGGUACCUCAAUGCUCUGGAGGCUGGAGUUUCCUAUUUUUCUCAGGAACUCACCUUCAAGGAGAUGCUGAGAGGAGAGGACCAAUUUCGGGAUAUCUUAACGGACCGGAACAGGAAAAGCAAUGUGAUUGUUAUGUGUGCUACCCCAGAAAACAUCCACAGCCUCAAGGGUGAUCGAGCAGCAGCGGAAGACGUUGUCAUUAUUCUAGUGGAUCUAUUCAAUGACCGCUACUUUGAGGACAAUGUCACAGCCCCUGACUAUAUGAAAAAUGUCCUUGUUCUGACACUGCCUCCUGGAAAUUUCACCUUUAAUAACAUCUCUGAGGAUUUAUCAGGGGCAAAAAAUGACUUUGCUCUUGCCUACAUGGAUGGAGUCUUGCUCUUUGGACAUAUGCUGAAGAUAUUUCUUGAAAAUGGAGAAGACAUUCUCACCUCCAAAUUUGCUCAUGCUUUCAAGAACCUCACUUUUGAAGGGUAUGCGGGUCCUGUGACUUUGGACGACUGUGGGGAUAUUGACAAUACUAUGGUGCUUCUGUAUACUUCUGUGGACACCAUGAACUACAAGAUUCUUCUGACCUAUGACACCCAUGUAAAUAUGACUGACCCAGUAGAUAUGAGCCCCACGUUCAUCUGGAAGAGCCAUAAACUUCCUAAUGAUAUUCCAGGCCUGGGCCCUCACAUCCUGAUGAUCGCGGUCUUCACCCUCACGGGCACUGUGGUCCUGCUGCUGCUCAUCGCGCUGCUGGUGCUGAGAAAAUAUAAAAAAGAUAAUGAACUUCGUCAGAAAAAAUGGUCCCACAUUCCUCCUGAAAAGAUCUUUCCUCUGGAGACCAAUGAGACCAGCCAAGUUAGCCUGAAGAUCGAUGAUGACAAGAGACGAGAUACAAUCCAGAGACUACGACAGUGCAAAUACGACAAAAAGAGAGUGAUUCUCAAAGAUCUCAAGCACAAUGAUGGUAAUUUCACUGAGAAACAGAAGAUAGAAUUGAACAAGUUGCUUCAGAUUGACUAUUACAACCUGACCAAGUUCUAUGGCACAGUGAAGCUCGAUUCCACGAUCUUUGGGGUGAUCGAAUACUGUGAAAGAGGAUCCCUCCGGGAAGUUUUAAAUGACACAAUUUCCUACCCUGAUGGUACAUUCAUGGAUUGGGAGUUUAAGAUCUCUGUCUUGUAUGACAUUGCUAAGGGGAUGUCAUACCUGCACUCCAGUAAGACAGAAGUCCACGGUCGCCUGAAAUCCACCAACUGCGUAGUGGACAGUAGAAUGGUGGUGAAGAUCACUGAUUUUGGCUGCAAUUCCAUUUUACCUCCAAAAAAAGUUAUUCUUACCCAAUCAGAGAAGAUUUUCAGAGUGGAACAUUUCAAUGGAAUUAAACCCUUCCGGCCAGAUCUAUUCCUGGAAUCAGCAGAGGAAAAGGAGUUAGAAGUGUAUCUACUCGUGAAAACCUGUUGGGAGGAAGAUCCAGAAAAGAGACCAGAUUUCAAGAAAAUUGAGAACACACUGGCCAAAAUAUUUGGCCUUUUUCAUGACCAGAAAAGUGAAAGUUACAUGGAUACCUUGAUCCGCCGUCUACAGCUAUAUUCUCGAAACCUGGAACAUCUGGUAGAGGAAAGGACGCAGCUGUACAAGGCAGAGAGGGACAGAGCUGACAGACUUAACUUUAUGUUGCUUCCAAGGCUAGUGGUAAAGUCUCUGAAGGAAAAAGGCAUUGUGGAGCCGGAACUAUAUGAGGAAGUUACAAUCUACUUCAGUGACAUUGUAGGUUUCACUACUAUCUGCAAAUACAGCACCCCCAUGGAAGUGGUGGACAUGCUUAAUGACAUCUAUAAAAGUUUUGACCACAUUGUUGAUCACCAUGAUGUCUACAAGGUGGAAACCAUUGGUGAUGCCUACAUGGUGGCUAGUGGGUUGCCUAAGAGAAAUGGCAACCGGCAUGCAGUAGACAUUGCCAAGAUGGCCUUGGAGAUUCUCAGCUUCAUGGGGACCUUUGAGCUGGAGCAUCUUCCUGGCCUCCCAAUCUGGAUUCGCAUUGGAGUUCACUCUGGUCCCUGUGCUGCUGGAGUUGUGGGAAUCAAGAUGCCUCGUUAUUGCCUGUUUGGAGAUACCGUCAACACAGCCUCUAGGAUGGAAUCCACUGGCCUCCCCUUGAGGAUUCAUGUGAGUGGUUCCACAGUAGCCAUCCUGAAGAGAACUGAGUGCCAGUUCCUGUAUGAAGUGAGAGGAGAAACGUAUUUAAAGGGAAGAGGAACUGAGACCACGUACUGGCUGACUGGGAUGAAGGACCAGAAGUACAACCUGCCAACCCCUCCGACUGUGGAGAAUCAGAAGCGUUUGCAAGUGGAAUUUUCAGACAUGAUUGCCAACUGUUUACAGAAAAGACAGGCUGCAGGGAUAACACACCGAAAACCAAAACGGGUAGCCAGCUAUAAAAAAGGCACUCUGGAAUAUUUGCAACUGAACACCACAGACACGGACAGCACCUAUUUUUGAAACUAAAUGAGAUGUAAGGACUCGUACAAAUUAGAUACAGCUUCAUUUAGGCAACGACCUCAAGUGUCCUGAAAGCCUGCAUUUUCCUAAGACCUCAGUGAAACAGAAAAAUACUUAGCCUUGGUUGUCCUGUCUGGAACAUGGACUUUCUUCCAUGAAUCAGAUGUGCGUUCUCAGUGAAAUAAUUACCUUUUACGCUGCAGGCUUUUGCCAACAGCCAUUCUGGGGAACUUCCACCUGGAAAAGAGGAGGAAUGAAAAGACUAUAUGGAACUUGAGGAGAUUUUGUUCUUAUUUCAUUUAUUUUGUUUUUGUUUUGUUUACUGGCUCUUU